UGACAAACAAAACGUAAUCAUGAUCUGUUAUUCUGCGUUGUUCAUGGUUGUGUUACUCCUCAAUAAUGCAAGUCGGCGCACUCUAGCUAUCGUUCCAAAACCAACAGUUUACGACAAAGAUUCAACCGCCUGCAACAUGAUGCACACACUCACCUACGAACACAACUACCCAACAUGUUUUAUACUCAUAGACUCACUGACAAGAUUUCGACUCCGUCUAGCAUCGCAGCACCCGCCAAUUCCUCAGGAAAGCAAAGACAAAUGUAUCAUAAACAAACUGAGAAUUGAAAUCAUGGAUGGAUGUGACGAAAAUGCAGAUAAACUGUGGCCGAGUGAUAUAAUGAACGAAUCAUAUAACGUGAACAUCGAAGACACAGAGAUCUCGAUAAGUUCCAAAGAGAUUUGGGGUGCACUACGUGCCCUCGAAACUGUACUUCAGAUGGUGUACAAAGAUGAAUUUGGAGGAAAUAUGAUAUUCAAGGGUUCUGUGGAAGAUGAACCAUUAUUCUCACAUCGUGGAAUGCUUUUGGAUACUGGUAGGAACUUCAUGCCAGUUGAAACGCUACGGAAGAUGAUAGAUAUCAUGGCUAUGGUCAAAAUGAAUGUCUUUCAUUGGCAUAUCACAGAUGACCAAUCGUUUCCCUUUGUCUCAACCACCUACCCAGAACUUUCAGACAAAGGUGCAUAUCAUCCACAAAAGUGUACAUAUGAUGAAAUAGAGGUGUCUGAUUUAUUGGAAUACGCUCGUCUCCGUGGAGUCCGGAUCAUUCCAGAAUUUGAUACUCCAGCUCAUACAUUGUCAUGGGGAAAAGCAUAUCCAGACCUACUAACAAAAUGUUAUUACGACUCUACGCCAACUGGAGAAUUGGGUCCAAUGAAUCCAGCCAAUGAUUCUACAUUUGAGUUUUUGAAGAAUCUGUUUACAGAAGUCACCAGCCGAUUUCAUGAUAAAUAUAUUCAUCUUGGAGGCAAUGAGAUAAAUUUUGGCUGUUGGGCUAGGAAUCCAGAAAUAAUUGAAUUCAUGAAAAAAAUGGAAAUCCCUAGGAAGUAUCACCUAUUAGCGAACUAUUACGAGUCGAAACUUGUCGAAAUUGUCAAAAAUUACGGAUAUAAGGAUUACAAAACCGCAGUCAUUCAUGUUUGGAAAGCCACAGACUGGGAAACAUAUACUAGAUACGCUACUACAGGAAAAUUCAACGUCAUAAUCUCUGGGGAUUGGGAUUUAAGUGAUUUAUAUAAUGAAUAUGAUUGGACCAAAUACUACAAACAAGAUAUCAGAGAAUUUGGAGGCACAGUCGAGGAGGCAUCAUUAGUCAUUGGUGGUGAAGCUACACUGUGGGGCACACAUGUGGAUGAGACUAAUGCAAUCACUCUAGCAUGGCCCAGAGGUGCUGCUGUAGCUGAAAGAUUAUGGUCACAAAAACAUGAUACUAAUGAGGAAUUCUCACGACGGAUCGGUGAACUUCAAUGCAGAAUGGUCUAUAACAACAUAGAAGCUCAUCCAGUCAACGGUCCAGGUUUCUGCCCAACUAAAAUUUGA